GAGAGGAGAGAUGAGUAGCUGAGUGUGCACACCUUUUGAGAGCCCAGACACACACCCUGCUCCAGGGGCUCCUUUCCUAGGCUGCCCCCAUGGAGUUCCCCCUGGCCCAGAUAUGCCCUCAAGGGAGUCAAGAAGCCCCCACCAUAACCUUCAGCACCUUCCAGCCCAUAGACUUGAACCGCAGGAGCUGCCAGGGCCCGGGCUUGCUGCCGGGACCCAGACUCCAGGCCCCGAAGGCCCAGGAAGCCCGGCCCAGCCCCAGGGCCUCCGCUGUGCACCCUGCGGCACCACCCCAGGCCCCAGGGGCUGCCUGCAGCCCAAAGGACAUUGGGAAGGAAGAGGUGCCUAGGGAAGGAGGCAUGUCCCUGCAGGCUGAGACUCAGGCUUGGUUCCAGAAGACCCAGGCCCGUGAGCUCCUGCAGCAUGGGGCAGCCCCUGCUUGGUUCCACGGCUUCAUCACCCGGAGAGAGGCUGAGAGGCUGCUAGAGAGCAAGCCUCAGGGAUGCUACUUGGUGCGUUUCAGUGAGAGCGCCGUGACCUUUGUGCUGACUUACAGGAGCCGGACUUGCUGCCGCCACUUCCUGCUGGCCCAACUCGGGGACGGGCGCCACGUGGUGCUGGGCGAGGACAGCGCCCACGCGCGGCUGCAGGACCUGCUGCGGCACUACCAGGCGUGCCCGCUGAGCCCCUACGGGGAGACGCUCACCGAGCCUCUCGCCCGCCAGACUCCUGAGCCCGCAGGACUGUCCCUAAGGACUGAAGAAUCAGACUCUGGAAGCAAAAGCCAGGACUCACAACCUCAGUAUACCUCAAUCCUCAAAAAGGAGCAAAGCGCAGCCCCCAUGCAGAAAGAUGGGGCGGGGGGGCCAAAGCAGACGUCCCAGCCGCCCAAGCCCAAGCCUCCCAUCCCCGCCAAGCCUCAGCUGCCUCCCGAAGUCUACACAAGCCCCGCUCCGAGACCCCGCCCAACCCCGCCCCCCAAGCCCUCCAACCCCAUCUACCACGAGCCUGAUGAACCCAUAGACUUCUAUGCCAUGGGCCGUGGCAGCCCCGGGGAAGCCCCCAGCAACAUUUAUGCCGAGGUGGAGGUGAAGGUGCCUGAUUCAGGGUGUGAGGGCCCGCCGUGCAUCCUCAGGCACGAAGUCCUACGGAAGUGCCAGUCCAGGCCUGUCCCAGGAAGCCAGGAGAGACGCCAGUGCGCUGAAGCCAGGGAACAGCGAGGAGAGGGUAGAGAAGCACGAAGUCUGAUGUUAUCAGGAAAACAAAACUACACCCAAACAGGCAGUCGUCCAAUAUUUGCAUUUGCUCUACGCCUGACCUGGAAAUUUCCCAUCCUUCAGGAAGCAAUAUGGGAAGAGAAGAAACGGCUUCUAUUACAUCACAAAGCUUACCUGAAGGACAGUUUUCUUCUUUGUGGGUUCAUCUUCCUCGGAAUCUGACUAAGAGAAAAAGAAAUGGAAUAAGGCCUCACUGUUUAAGGACAGUGGAGAAGCACCCACAUUAAAUGAAGCACAAAUAAAGGACUGGACAACAGGGGCCAUCAUCCUGUCCGAGCCCCUCCUCUGUAUGAGAGAUGCACCCCCCCAGAGCCAGCCAAAAAGCAGAGCUUCCUUCCUGCUCUCAAACGGCUUCAGAGAACAAAGUAUGCGUUGACCACCCCUGGUCACUCAUUCCCAUACCUCCAGACCUGUUGCACAGCCUUCUUAGCAUCCAUUUCUAGUCCUUUAAAUUAAGACUACUUCCUCCCAUUCAGUCUUUGGUGGAAAGAAAAAGCUACACCCAUUCUUCUUCCUAUAAAUCUGUCCACUAGAAGAUGAAUGGGAUUUGGCCCACAAUCUCACCCAAUCUCAGUUUCACUUCUAAAACCACUUAUAUAGACUACAUAACCACAGGGCUGGGGAACUCCGGUGGGAUUAAGUGGUAUGUUAACUACUCUUCUAUGAGGUAUUAAAGGUCAAAGCCACUGGAGAAAUCCAUUCCCUCUCGAAGUAUGAUCUAUUGUCUGCCAGACAGAGUUGUUUGUGUCCAGGAAGAAGGCGAGCAAAUGAUGACUGUGAGAAUUUGGAGCAAGAAGGGAGCUCAUCUGUGUUACUCCUCUGACUCAUCAGGAUUGUUUCUAAUACAAGCUCUCACACUAAAAAUGUCUAAACUUUUAGCUCAAUACCAGUUCCUCAGCAUCUCCAACUAUCAGAAAGAUGCAAGGCAUAUGAAGAGAAAGCUUUCACAUUUUAUUUUAAAAAAUUAAUAUCCAAACUGAGAACCUUAAAAGUUUUCCAUUUGUUCUUAGCACCUUGGUUUGGGGCAUCUGUAAACAAAGGUGAUUAGGCAAGAAUCUAAGAUCCUAUUCAUCUCCAAGAUUCUAAAGAACUCAAAUCCUCUGCCUGUCUUUCUCAACUGACCCUCAUAUCUCACAAGUUCCUUUUGGGUUUUUUUUUGUUUUUUUCUAUUUUAUUUUUAUUUAUUUAUUUUUUUGGCCACACCACAUGGCAUGCGGGAUCUUAGUUUCCCCACCAGGGAUCGAACCUACGCCCUCUGCAGUGCAAGCACAGAGUCUUAACCACUGGACCGCCAGGGAAGUCCACAGGUUCCUUUUUGGAUUUGUGUGCUACAAGGACUUUUUGAUCAUCAUUACUCAGAACCUACUGUAUGCAAGACACUGUGCCAGGCACCGUAGACAGAGCUUCCCAGCUGGUGUCCUAUGGCUGGGUUAUAGGUACUAUGAUGAUACUGACCCACUCAGCCCACAGGGCAUCAGGCAGGGCUUGGAGCAGGUAGAGUCCUGGGCCACUGGUUUCCAGAGGCACAGCCUGUACCACUUCCCCCACUGUGCUUCAAAGAUUUUCUUGUGUGCCAUGACAUGAAAAAAGUCCCUGCCCUCAAGAAACUCACAGUCCAGUUAAAAAGAAUGACAAGUACCCAAAUAACUGUAAUAAAGGCAGUAAAAAGAUAAGGGCAUCAAGUGUGGUUCCAACAUCCCCUCAAAGAAUUGGCUGAUCCUCCAAUUGCGCUUUCUUUCACGUAAGUCCCCCACCUUAUUACUCCCUCUCCCCUACCUGAAUCACUGACACCUCUCACUCUCCUGUCAGUUCCCGACUCGAAACUCCUAAAGUCUUUCUGAAGAAGCUCACCUUGCUCUUUUUCACUCUGUGUCCCUAAGUUAUUUAUUUGUCUGGGGUGGCAGCAUGCUAACAAUGAUUCAUUUGUGCUUGCUGUGUAAAUGUUACAUUUUUCACGUGCAUAUUCUUCCCUUUACUCUGACAGCCAAGGCCCUAUCUUACAGUUCGAUAUUACCUCACAGUAGUCAGUACACAAUGAUUUUAAUUACUAACUGCUGCCAAUUGUAGUAUUAAAAAAACCUGUUAAGAGAAAUCUGUCUUGGACUUCCCUGGUGGCACAAUGGUUAAGAGUCUACCUGCCAAUGCAAGGGACAUGGGUUCGAGCCCUGGUCCGGGAAGAUCCCA